AUGAUGAACUUCCGCCAGAGGAUGGGAUGGAUUGGUGUGGGGUUGUACUUGCUAGCAAGUGCUGCAGCUUUUUAUUAUGUCUUUGAAAUCAAUGAGACUUACAAUAAACUAGCACUGGAGCACAUUCAGCAACACCCCAAGGAACCGCAGGAAGGAACCACAUGGACGCACUCCUUAAAAGUACGACUGCUAUCCUUGCCUUUUUGGCUGUGGACUAUAAUCUUUUUAAUACCAUAUUUGCAGAUGUUCUUGUUCCUCUAUUCCUGCACAAGAGCUGACCCCAAAACUGUUGGCUAUUGCAUCAUUCCUAUCUGCUUGGCUGUUAUUUGCAAUCGUCAUCAAACGUUUGUGAAGGCCUCUAAUCAGAUCAGUAGGUUACAGCUGAUUGACACUUAA